UACUAAUCGCUGUUGAACGCGCUAACAAUAAAAGGUUAAUUUGUUUUCGCUCCACGUUCAUAUUUCAUGCAUCAACCUAUCUGAAUAACAUUGCUUGAAAUGAAUAAAAACCCCAAUAUCAAGUGAUUUGACGUCUGAUGAUGGAAUGACGUAUGUUUGAUGAAUGAAGUUCAACACACUGUAGAUUGAUUCAUGGAUCAAUCUAUAGAAGAUGUCAAGACUCUGACUAUUAGGGUGAUCGACCAUAUGUGUAAAAUCCCCUCAGACCAAGGAUAUAGUUCAAAUGAGUUCAAAUCAAUCAUUCACCUUUUCGACAGGAGUUUUUUUGCCAUCGAGAAUUCUAGAAACGUAGUGGAAGAUUAUCGCCUUUGGAUAGCUACAAAAGUGUUAUCUAGCGGUGAAUACCCCUACCGUCUUACUCAGAUCUUUAAAAACUUGGGAGAAUAUUCCUUCGGAUCUCUGAGUGUUGGGAAAGAAUCCUACAAUGAACAGUACAUUGAACUGCUAUCAUCAUUUCAGUUGACUCUGUGCAAUUAUCUUGAACUAAGUGAAUUACUGGCAGAGAAAAUGUCAAUGCAAGAUGCUUAUUUGAAGGAAAUAUAUCGUAUUCAUCAAGCCAUAUUGUCAUACGACGGAAUUUGUGCUGAAGAAAAGAAAAUCACGUUGGUGGUAGAAAUAAUUGUAAAAACCCUUUACAACAUGCUGCAACACGAAAGCCCAAUAAUAUGUUUUGCCUUCAAAAAGCAUAAUCUCAUAGAUAUUGUUACACAUUAUUCAAAGUCCACGAAUACUAAUUUGCAAAUAGCUUCUUAUCUAAGCUUAGCGUACAAUUAUAAUGAAGAUCAGCUAAUACCUGGGGAUAACGAAAAUAUAAUUUUUUUGGUAAAUAUGCUCGCUUCUGCUCUUGAUAAACCCUCAACAAGGAUAUAUGGUUACUCAUGUGAAGAAAUCUUAAAAGGUUUGAGACUAUUGGCAUCUAGUGAUCAAAACAGACAGUUCAUAUGCCAGUCGGCUAUACUGCAAAGCAUCCAGUGCACUAUAAAAACACUGAAAGGAAAAGUAUUAGAAGAAGUUACACUUUUUCUAUUGAAAUUAACACUCAACUCUGAAAUAAGAGACAGAAUAAGAAGAGACUUUGGGGUCGUAUUGAAGGAUUUAGACAUAUCUUUCAAAGCGGAAGAGUCCAAAACCUCAAACAACAUAAAGAAGGCACUUGAUAGCAUUUUAUGGCAGAUGAGUCAAGGUGAGAAUUCACUAGAUUAUGAAUCCAACUUAAAUUCUUCUACGCAACUUGAACAUUUAAUGAUAAGUUAUAGUCAUAAACAGAAAGAAAUUGCAAUAAAUCUUACAAAACAUUUAAAAGAAAAAGGAUAUAAGGUAUGGUUUGAUCAAGACAAUCUGAAAUAUGCUGCAAAUACAUUUAGAAGUAUGGCUGAAGCCAUAGAAAGAUCUUAUGCUGUAUGUAUUAUAUAUUCCGAAAAUUAUAAAAAUAGCGAAUAUGCUGAAAUGGAAGCAACAUAUGCAGUUUGUUUGAAAAAACCAAUUAUUUGUUUACGUGCACAACGUGACUACAAACCAAAGGGUUGGCUUGGUCUUAUAACUGCCCGAGAAAAUCGUAUCGACAUUUCUGGAAAGUAUCCAUUUGAUGAGUAUUUUUCUACUUUAUGUCGAAGAAUCGAUGAAUGCAUAAAAAUCAAAAUGGACCAUUGUAGUUGAUCACACUUCUUAAAUCCGUAAACCAAAUACGCAACUGAAAUUGGAUUUCAAGAUCUUGAAAUAUCAAAGCCGGAAAUUCAGGAACAAGUUUUUAAUCAACACUACUAAAAUGAGAUAUUUUUUAACCGAUAUUAUCUAAAGAAAUAUAUUAUCUUUUAGUACAUUUUCACGGAAGAUCGUUUUGAUGAUUAUAUAGUAGCUUUUAAAGAUUUUAUAAUCAGAGAUGGAUGGUGACUAACGGCAGAAUCCAGGACGCACGUUUCGCUUUAUUUGAAACUCGACAGAUGAAUAAACCUGCAUUAGAGAGCCGAUGCUCACUCUGGGACCAGAACUGACUACCGUUCAUUUUAAACGCCAUCGCGCCAUACACUUAUUUAUUGAGUACGGAUAGCCACUAGCUUGCGCAAUGGGGUGAAGUUUAAUUCAUUUUUGGAUUAAUUGUUUGAAUCUUUCCACUGACGUUUAGGACUACAAUUGGCUAUCUAGACUCAGUAGUUUAGUGGAUAGUGCGACCACGUUUAAAACAAACGGUACCGGGUUCGAGCCCCGGAGUAAACACCAACUUAGGGGUGCAAGUACCAAGAACAUGCAGCUGACGAGUCCAAAAUAGGGCGAAACGAACAUUCUGGAUUCCACUGCUAGCCACCAACCAUCCCUGCCUAUAAUACUUGUGACCCAAAUUAAUAUCAAGGUGACACUCACAUGAUGUACAAAUGUCAAUGGGUGACUGAUCAAUCACAGUCUGAAACGUCAAUGAGAAGAUCCAAAUAUCCAAUUGAAAAAUGAGUUUUUAUUGACCUUGUUCGUUAACAGUAGUUUAUUUUCUGCAAUUGGUUUGAGUUUAUUUUGUUUCAGUUGUUCAACUGGUAUUUUGAAAUGAUUUAAGUACUUUGUCAAUCUUUUAAAAUCAUGCAAUAUUAUUCAUUUGUUGGCUGUAAUCUUCAUUAUUAUAACAAUAUGAAAGGUAGUCCCGGUUAUAAAUAUGCAUUUCAUUUCAAAUAAAUAUUUCUAUCUGAUUUUGUUGUGUACAAUAAUUCUAAAUAGAAGAACUCUUGAAAGAUCAAGAAUUGAACUGUAGUUCAUAGUACUUGAAUGUCAUUUCCAGUAUUUCCAGACAGUCAGAACGUGAACAGCAAUAGAGUUCAGAUAGCGCUUUCAUACUAUUUAGUACUAAUCAGCUCAAUGUACCUCCACCUCAGAGUUGGUGUUCACUCCGAGUAUCAAACACUAAGAAAUGUGGGUCCUGGAUUACACUGGUAGCCAUGUCUCAUCUUUUUCAUGGGAACUUGUAUUACAGUAGCUAUAUCGAGGCAGUCCAUAUAGGAUGCUUAUAUGCCACGUGGGAAAGAACAAAUUUCAGUUAACAUUUCAGCAACAGGAUAAUCUAAUCCAUUUAAAUGUGAAUGAAAAAGACAUUUAGCAGCAGGUCUCAGAACACUUCUGUGUAUUUUGUAGAUUAGUCAAAGAACUGUAUAAGAACACUUUUCCUAUUGGUUUCCAAAUAUUAACAAGAUUUACUGGGCUUCCGUCAACCAUUCUUCAAACAGAAUUUAUUCACAGACUUAUAAGUAUUGUUAGUUAGGGAUUCAGAAUACAUACACUCAUUUCACUAAACUUCGUACUGAUUUAUAACAUAGCACUUUAGAAAAUACAGUUGUUAGAGGAAUCGUAGUGAUAUAAAAACAUUAAAUGAAUUUUCCAUUUAGAUUGAUUAUAAACAUCCAAGAACAAUUGUUGUUUGAUACUAAUCUAAGGAAUACGACGUCUUAAGCAAUUUCAGUGUGUGCUAUUUAUGUGAACAGAUAUAAGAAGUAUAUAUCAAGAAUUGGAAGUGGAAUCCUUAUCAACAGAAAACUGAAAUAAAGAGAAGAAAUAAACCAGAGAUCAGUUAGAACACUACAGAAUUGGAGGAACGAUGGAGAUGUGCAGAUGAGGAUAUGCAAAUAAUGUAUUUAAUGUAUGAUUUCAAUAUUUUACAGAGGCACUGUGUAACUUUUCCCGAACAUGAAAUUGUUUUUACCUAAUUACUCUUCGCUCUCACGAGCAAUCAAUUGUAGUCAUUAACAUCACAGACGAAAUUAUACAGACGUGUACAGUUCAGUUCAUCCCCCCUCGCACAUAUUAGUACCUAGUUAAACUCAGAACUUAGUGAACAACGGGUUUAUUGUUUGAAACCAUAAGUACUAUGUUCGAUUACAGUGGAGAGCCUUGAUGUUGAAAUGUGUUAGGUACACCUAAUUGACGAGUCCCAAGUAGGAUAAACCAUUCAUCUUGGAUUCCACUGUCAGCCUCUAUCGAAUGUGACUAAAAACGUGUGAAGAGAUGUUAAUAUUAAGGCAACUUGCUCAAUAUAGACUGGUUAUUUGUAGUUAUUAACACUGGCAACGGGAAAAUACAAACCAUUUCAAAUAAUAAAUAGACACUGGGACCAAUGAAUGUUCAAGUUUAUUAUUUUCGUUCAUUUCCAGAAAUAUUUCUGGAUUUAAUCUUGACGUGAUUUUUGAAUGGACGAAAGAAUUUUACGCGCCUGGCAACAAAUAACCUUUAAACACAACUCACAGUGUGUGUAAUCAAAUCCAAACUUAAAACAAAUGUGAAGAUUAUAUGUUUUUGAUUUGAUUUUUUAAAUGACAUUGUAAACUACGUAAGUAUGCUGCAUACAUUUCAGAUAUCUCUAUUCAAGGAAUUAUGAGAGUGUACACUUCCAUUUAUUUUAAAUCUUCUUGGUGGAAUGUUCAUAGUUUACUAGAUUUCAUUCUUUAUCUUUUAUUUACUUAUUGAAAUUUCUAUUUUACUGAUGAUUUCUUUCGAAAAAUUUUAUUACUUUGUUUAAAAAACAAAAUCAGUUUUAUUUAUCUUGGCUCAUCCAAGUAUCAUUGUUAAGCACUAGUGAAAAAGGUAUAUGUUACAUUGCAUUUAAUAGUGUUAUGUCUACAAUUAACAUAUUUUGAGAAUGAAGCAUAUUUGGAAGAGUUUUGUCAUGAUAAUGUAACUGUUGAAGUGUAACUUUUAUCCCAUAUUCUAAAUAAAACAGUUAUGACUUAUAAAAAUUGAUCCGUUGAAUGUUGUUCAGUCCAAAAUUCUGUAAUGCUUCCAACUACACAUUAAAUAUUUUGGUGACAAUUCAAAUGUUUUCAUGUUUCAAUAAAAAAAGGAUGAUAAUAUUCUUAGAAUAAGAUAGUUUCAAUGGA